GGUAACUGGGGGGCACGGGGUGAUGGGAGGGCGGUUACAUCAAGGGUAACUGGGAGGCUGUGUGUGGGGGCUCCAUCCCCGCUGACCCCCAUGGCAGGGGGGGCCGGGGGGGGUGUCUGCCCGCAGGAUGCUGGCGCGGGGCCGGCGGCUCCUGCGCUGCUGGAAGCCGCUCUUCACCGGCCGCCUGCUGCUGCUGACCAACACGGCGAGCUGCGGCGCGCUGCUGGCCGCCGGCGACACGCUGCAGCAGGCCUGGCACCGCCGGCGGCACCCGGACACCGAGCCCCAGGUGGCCCGCACAGGACGCAUGUUCGCCGUCGGCUGCAGCAUGGGCCCGCUGAUGCACUACUGGUACCUCUGGCUGGACGCUGCCUUCCCGGCGCGGGGUGUGCGGGGGCUAAAAACCGUCGUGAAGAAAGUCCUUAUCGACCAGCUGGUGGCUUCGCCCGCCCUGGGCGCCUGGUACUUCCUCGGCAUGGGCACGCUGGAGGGCCAGUCUCUAGAGGAGAGCUGGGAGGAGCUGAAGGAGAAAUUUUGGGAGUUCUACAAGGCUGACUGGUGCGUCUGGCCGGCGGCUCAGCUCGUGAAUUUCCUCUUCGUCCCGCCCAAGUACCGGGUGGUUUACAUCAAUGUGAUCACGCUGGGCUGGGACACCUACCUCUCUUACCUCAAACACAGGCCUGGCAGCCCCCCGAGUGCAGAGCACGACUCGCCACGUGAGAACCAGCGCGGUGUCGGGCUGUAGAGAGGCAGCUGCUCUCGACGACUGUGACGUUUUCGGAGGUUCCUGCCCGUGGCAAGUGAUUUUCUGGGCAUCGCAGUGGACACGGCUCAAUCCAUCCAAUGAAUGAGAUGGCCGGAGACCACCGCAACCACUGUCUGCAGCCUGGGUGGAUCUUGCCGAUUAACUCAUCUACUGAUUGCAAUGAUGGGUUUGGGUAUUUUUAACCAAUUUUGUGUCACAGGCUAGCCUGUAAAGCCAUUUCUUUUUGUAACCUUCCACAGAACCCGCGCUGCCCGGGGUGGGGAGGAGCUGCCGCAGCUACGUUUUGCCUUCAGCCCCCAGGGAAGGGCCCCAGCGCUCUCCCCUCUGCUGCAGCCAGGUUUUUCUUUCCCUUCUCCAAGGCAAGGCUGGCCCCUUGCUCCCCUCCACCACCCUCCUCUGCUCUUCAGCAGAGCCAGCCACUCGGGUCCCUGCCUUGCUCCGGCUGCUUGGCAGAGAGAUGCCUCCCCUCUGCUCUCAGUGCCGCUCCUCAGCCCUUUCCCUGCUGCUUUUUGUCUUUGAGCUGAAGGGAGAAGUCACUCAGCUCCUUUUCACUCCACCUUGCAGCCCCCCUUCCCGGUGCCAUGCGUGGGCUCGGCUGGGCUGGGCUGCAGCCACCCAAUUUUUAUAAAAAUAGCGGUGUGAUCGCCGCCACCUGCUCGCCGCCAGGUUUGACAGCAGCAGAGUCGACACGGAGGCGGUUGGGGGUUUUUAAGGCGAAGUUUUUGCAGGGUUUGGACCACAGCCCCCCACUUCUCCCAGCCCCGCAGCUCCCCGGGCAAGCAGGACACUCAUUCCAUAACCUGGGCACUUAUUUAUUAUUUCCAGCAUCGAUCAAAACUGCCUAAAUGUGACUUUUUUUUUUUUUUUUUUUUCCCUAACGCUUAAAGCUGUGCCUUACUUACUUACAGCUCUGUCUUACUUACAGCUCUGUCCUCAUCCCUCCUGCCACCCACCCCCCCGGGGGACACCAUCCCUCCCACCGCAGCAAGCCAAGCUGCUGAGCCAUGGCAGGAGCCAUUUGGUGAAUGCUAAUUAAGAAACCAGAUCGUUCUCGCUCCUCUCCGGCAACGAGCUCAACAGCGCGGGGCCGAGGAGAGCCGAGGUUAUCGACACCAAGCAGAGGGACCAUCCCGCUGCCCCCUCUCCGCCUGCAAUGACCCUAAGGAACCGGUGCUCAGCAUUGAUUUAUUUCUUCACAACAUUUCUUUAAUACAGUGAUUUUUAGGAAAUUGUA